CCCUCCUAAUGGAGUGAACCAUUCCCAGCUCUUCCCCCCCUCUCUCUCAGCCUCUCUCUCUUUCUCUCUCUCUCUCUCUCUUCCUCGCUCCCUCUCUUUCUCUCCUCCCUCUGCCUUCCCCGUGCAUAAAGUCUCCGUCGCUCUUGGAACUUGUUGGCAAUGCCUAUUUUUCAGCUUUCCCCCGCGUUCUCUAAACUAACUAUUUAAAGGUCUGCGGUCGCAAAUGGUUUGACUAAACGUAGGAUGGGACUUAAGUUGAACGGCAGAUAUAUUUCACUGAUCCUCGCGGUGCAAAUAGCGUACCUGGUGCAGGCCGUGAGAGCAGCGGGCAAGUGCGAUGCGGUCUUUAAGGGCUUUUCGGACUGUUUGCUCAAGCUGGGCGACAGCAUGGCCAACUACCCGCAGGGCCUGGACGACAAGACGAACAUCAAGACCGUGUGCACAUACUGGGAGGAUUUCCACAGCUGCACGGUCACAGCCCUUACGGAUUGCCAGGAAGGGGCGAAAGAUAUGUGGGAUAAACUGAGAAAAGAAUCCAAAAACCUCAACAUUCAAGGCAGCUUAUUCGAACUCUGCGGCAGCGGCAACGGGGCGGCGGGGUCCCUGCUCCCGGCGCUCCCAGUGCUUCUGGUGUCUCUCUCGGCAGCUUUAGCGACUUGGCUUUCCUUCUGAGCGCGGGGCCGGCUCUCCCCCGCGCGCCCACCCACACUCACUCCAUGCUCCCGGAAAUCGAGAGGAAGAUCCAUUCGUUCUUUGGGGACGUUGUGAUUCUCUGUGAUGCUGAAAACACUCAUAUAGGAUUGUGGGAAAUUCCGAUUCUCCUUUUGAUUUCGUUCGAUUUCUUGUGUUUUAUUUGCCAAAUGUUACCAAUCAGUGAGCAAGCAAGCACAGCCAAAACCGGACCUCAGCUUUAGUCCGUCUUCACACAAAAAUAAGGAAAACGGCAAACCCACCCCAUUUCUUUUUUAAUUUUUAUUUUUUUGGCACAAGAAUCUCAGGAACGGCCCUGGGCCACCUACUAUAUUAAUCAUGUUAAGACAUGACAAAUGAUGGGCUCCUCCUAAUAGCAAAGAGAGGAGAGGAGAAGGCCAGGGGAAUGAAAUCAAGAGAGAUGUCCGCGAGGAAGGCAUAUGGUGAAUAACUCACGCUCACGUCUUUCUUCCACAGUAUCUUGUUUUGAUCAUUUCCACUGCACAUUUCUCCUCGAGGAAAGUGAAAGGACAGAGCGUUGACUUUGUGUUUUAAGGAUAGGAGGGAGAGAGGGAAGGGAUUGAGGAAAUCUCGGGGGUAUAGGGAAAGGCUGCCAGCAGAACCGCGCGAAAGUCACUGAGAGGUUAAGCUUUACCUGGUGUUGUUGAUGCAUCUUUCCUAGUCCACUGCCUUUAAUUUCCCUCUCGUUUUAGCUGUUACACAUACGGUAAUACCUGAAUAUCCAACGGUAUAGAUCACAGGGGGGGGGUGUUAAAUGUUAAUCUAAAAUAUAGUUAAAAAAAAGAUUUUGACAUAAAAGAGCCUUGAUUUUAAAAAAAA